AUGAAUAAUCUAACAGUCAACAAUAGUCUCUUUGCGGUUAGUUCUCGUUUUUAAAAUUAUAGUUAUUUGUUGAGACAAUUUCAGAAACCUGCAAUCGGUCGAAGUGAAUAUGGGAGAGUAAAAGUGGCGUUGGCUCCUGGGAAAGGAUUUAUGGAUUGGUUGAGAUUGACACAGAAUAAGGUUGGUGAUUUUUUACCGUUUUUUAAUUCUGAAAAACAGUGAUUCUUCUGUUUAAACUGAUUUUCGAAAUGAAAUUUUCACGAGUUCGCUUCGAGACCACAUGUACCUUUGAAUUCUCCUAUAUAUCUACACUUUAUCGAUUAUUCCAUUAACAACCGAAACUCCAAUUAGGCUGAAAGAAACCAAAUAGCUCAAUUACAUUUUUUUCUCUCUCUGCGUCUCUAUUCUUGGAGCUCCCCCAUUUCAAUUUUUUCUCCUUCCUUCUUUUUUUCACUAUUUUUGAAUGUGUUCUUAUUUUAAUCGAAUUUUUAAGAAGGUAACUAUACAAUUAUUCAAAAAAUUUCAUUAAAAAAAUAAAAAAUGAAAUAAAAAUAUUUUCAGGCUCUGGCAAAACGAGUUGCAAGUGUUGACCAUGUUGAAUUAUCAAAACACGAUAAAAAAGAGGAUUGUUGGGUUCAUCUUUUCGGAAUUGUUUACGAUGUGACGCAAUAUCUCGAUUUCCAUCCCGGCGGAAUUCCGGAGCUUCUACGAGCCGCUGGCAGAGAUGCAACUCCACUUUUUAAUCAAUAUCACGCUUGGGUUAAUUAUGAAAGUAUGCUAAAAGCUUGUAUUGUUGGACCUUUUAAUGGAGAUUUGAGUAAAUGUAAGAAACUCCUUGAGCAUCAGAAAACUUAUAUUUGUAUUUUCAGUGAAACCAUGUUUGCCACCAACAACAUCAGAUGACAAGAAAGUUCCGGCUUCAACUUCACUUUUUGCAAGUUCUUCUGAAAAUUUCUAUGGUUCUCGAAUUGUUCCGAUUGAUCACGGUGUGUAUUUGGAACAUGAUGAUUGGACUGAUUUGACUGAACAAAAUGUGAUUGUUUCGAUUGAGGAAACCAAUGUGAAAGUAAGUAUUCUGAAGCACAUUAAAAAAUUGAAGUAAGAUAUUUUUUUCAGAAAGCAAUCACAUCGACAGGUGAAGAAAUUGCUGAAAAUGCCUGCAAAUUUCGCGUUUUUGUUCAUCAUUUUUGGAAACCAGCUAUGGAAUUUGAAUUUGGUAGGGAAAAUUGUUCUGGUCCGAUUGAAAUCUUAAAAUUUUUCAGAUCCCUCAACAUUGAUAUCGGUUUCUACAAAUUUCAAAGUGUCCAUUUCACCCUCUCGAGUUUCUAUAAAUUUCCCAGAAACCACGCAAAAUUUUGGUGAUCUUCAUUUCAAAGUUCAACGAAGACCUGGUGUAUCUUAUCAUAAGUUCCAAAUUUCCAAUAUUUUCCGGAUCAAUUAUAACACUUUGGUUUAUCGCUUGGAAAUCCCUUCAAAUAUUUUCUAUCGAAUUCCAGUUGGACAUCAUGUUUCGAUGAAAAUUCGGAAAGGACGUGAGUUUAAAACUAAUUUUUUUACCCUCAAAAUCAAGUUUCAGAAGCUACAUUAUAUCGACCUUACACUCCAAUAAUGUCAAAUUCAAAUGACAAAAAUCAAAUGGAUUUGAUGAUUAAAAUCUAUGAAGAUGGAAUUUGUACACCCUCAAUUGAAAAGAAUUUGAAAAUCGGAGAUUUUGUUGAAAUAAGUGAUCCGAUUGGUGAUAAAAAGUUUGAGGAAUGGAUCAAGAAUUCAGAAGAACUUGUAUUAUUGGCUGCUGGAAGUGGAAUUACUCCAAUGAUUGAUAUUUUGACUAUGAGAUUAGAUUUUGGGAAAAAUAAUGGGAACAAGACGAGUUUAUUGAUUUUUAACAAAACGGAAAAUGAUGUUGCAACGGAUGAAAAAACUAUUGAAAAUGGUUGGAAAUUGGCAGAAUUGGCAAGAGAUCAAAAUAUGGUUAGUGCUUCCAAUUUUUGAACAUAAAUUACAAUAUAAAAAUUUCCAGAUGAAAAAUAUCAUCGGUCAACGAAUAUCUACUGAAAUUCUCAAAGAAUAUAUAGAUAAAAAAGAUGUUUCAAGAAAAGCGUUUAUUUGUGGACCUGAUGGAUUUAUCAUAACUGCUAAAGAGUGAGUCAAUAUGAUAUUUAAAAAUAAAUAGGGUUUUUUUUUUCAGAUCAUUAGAGGAAUUAGGAUUAUCGAGUGAUGAUGUGCAUAUUUUCCAAAGGUAG